AUGCCUAAAAAACAAAAUGUUACAAUACUGACCCGACUUCAAGAACAUCCAAAUACUUUUCGUGUUGAUAGUAAUGUUUUGAUAUGUGAAUACUGCAAUGAACCUGUGGAAUGGAAAUCGAAAUCGACGGUCGAUAAUCACUGCAAUAGCAAAAAGCAUAAAACAAAUAAAAAUAAUUUCGAGUCUCAAGAACAUGCCAAGAAGCAAGCAUCUAUUCAGGCUAGUUUCA